AGAAGGUCACGUGGCCCGAAAUUGUCCGGAAAAGGCCCAAAGAGAAUAUUCAAGGAAUCAAGCGGAUAAUUCCCCAAGAGAAAAUGGUGGAAACCAGAAUCUAACACGGCCAAAUGUUUGA